AUGGCCUUCUGGCUCCUCACCCUCUGCCACACCAGUGGGUUAAGUCCCCACUGGAGAAAGCAGGUCCCCUUCAGUAGCAGGAAGCUGCUGGAAUUGGAGGGGGUGUUUGCAGCAUGGUCCUACCCAGACACUGGCACCUGUGAGCACCUGGCCCAGGUGACCUGCCUUCCCCAGGCCAAGACACAGGUGACCUUUGAUGGCCCCCCUCUGCAGGAGAGGAUGCUGGAACCAGACUUCUUUCCUUACCAGCCAGAUACACUCCAGCACUCCUGGGAGCCCUGGACAGUGGGCCAGUCCCCACCCUCCCACAGCCCUGCCCAGUACACCUGUGUCCAAACCUCCUGUCCAGCUCUAAGCUUGGGCCCAGGUCAGGGAUGGGAAGGGGCCAAAGCGGCAGCCCCCCAGGGACUAGCUGGGUCUUCAGGGCUUUCUCCAGAGCAAGCUACUCCCCAGACUUCACUGGGCAGCCUGUCUGACCUCAUCUACGUGUUAGCUACUGUCACCAACCUUGACUACUCCCACCCAUUGUUUCCGCAGGAGGUACCUUCAGAUGAGGGGAAUUAA